UCCUCGUCGGUUCCUCCUGAGAAUAUUACCAACAUUGUUCGAGUUUGUUCGAUUGGCGGAAAAUUGACGCGAAACACUGCAUUCUCGCCGGAGUUUUACGGCGAAGAGAGGCGACACGUGUGGCGGUUGUGGCACGUGGGUCUGAGAAAUUUCUCAUAAUGCCGGUUUACCACGACGAAGUUGAGAUCGAGGACUUUGAGUACGACGAGGACGAGGAAAUGUACUACUAUCCUUGCCCGUGUGGAGACCAAUUUCAAAUAUCCAAAGCGGACCUUGUCAAUGGCGAGGAAGAUGCCACGUGUCCGUCCUGCUCGCUCGUCAUCAAAGUCAUUUACGAUAAAGAGAAGUUCGUUACUGCCCAGGAAGAGAUUUCCGAAAAAGACUCGGAAAAGACUGAAGUGCGACUGCAGAAGGCCUAAGAGCUUCGCGAUCGCUUUUAACGUCAAUUAAUGCUUUCGAGUAUUUCCGUUGUAUUAUAACGAUAUCCGACGAGUCAGAAAAAUUCCAAACCUUGUCGUAGAUCAGAUAAUUUAUUUUACCAUUGAUCUUUUUUCCGAGUAUUCAUACGACUAUUAUCCGACCGAGUGAUUACUUAGAAAAGAAAUGAGCUAGAUAAGUGUAUGACUGAUUACCGUUGUCUUAGCAAUUCGAUGCGCUGGUCGUGUUCUUAUAUGCUCUUACAAUGUACACAUAGUAAAUUUUGAAUGCAUACAUUUCUAUAUCAUUGAAUUAUUCAGCAGUAUGUACAUAUAUAUAUUACUUUUAAAAAGUAAAAUAAGUGUAAAAAUAGCAUAAACAGAAGAAAUAAAUGUUGGAUUGACGAA